CACAAAACGCGUAACUCAAACCGUGGGUCGACUGUAUCGGUGCAGUCCUUGGGCUUACGCAACACCACAUGUAUUGAGACGAUUGAUAGACAAGUUUUUAUCGCUAGAUAUCGUCUAAUCACUGUUUUUUUUUUGCCACAAACAUCACCACCAAAUCAAUCCCAAGAACUCUUCAGCUGAUUAUCACUCGUGUGAAAAACUAUGGCAACGUUUAACAGUGUGAAAGGUUUAGUCGCUUUUGUCACCGGCGGCUCUUCAGGUUUAGGCAAAGCCACUGUCGACCGACUGAUCCGUUUGGGCGCCAAAGGUGUGAUCGCUUUCGACCGCAACAUUGAGACUAAGUUUGACGCCAAGAAUGUGGUGUCCGUCGAGGGAAGCGUUACCUCCGAAGAGGAUGUGCUCAAAGCGCUGGACGCGUGUGAGAAACAGUUCGGACGACUCGAUGCGGUCGUCAAUUGUGCCGGCAUUGGAAUCGCCCGCAAGACAUACGACUUCAAGAGGAAAGUGCCGCACCCUUUGGACGAGUUUAAAAUGGUUAUUGAGGUGAACACUAUCGGCACGUUUAACGUUAACCGAUUGGCCGUCGGUCUCAUCGGUAAGAACCAGAAGGUGAACGAACUGAGAGGUGUGAUCAUCAACACGGCAUCGGUGGCCGCCUUCGAGGGACAGAUUGGUCAAGUGGCGUACGCGGCCUCUAAGGGCGGUAUCGUCGGUAUGACUCUACCCAUAGCCCGCGACUUAGCUCUUGAGGGGAUCCGCUGCGUGACAAUAGCGCCCGGACUGUUCAGCACACCCUUAUUGGCGUCACUGCCAGAGAAGGUGCGCCAGAAUUUGGCCGCAACUGUUCCCUGUCCUCAACGACUGGGCGAACCCGAAGAGUACGCCCACUUAGUCCAGACCAUCAUCGAGAACCAGAUGAUCAACGGCACGACCAUCCGAUUGGACGGCGCUAUACGUAUGCAGCCGUGAGUUUAGGUGACAAAUGUCUUCAGCGAGUGUUAGAGAGAUUAUCUCAUAUUUUGUACUCAACUUUUUUUGUACUUCAAAUCAAAGAUUUGAUUGUUUUUUAAUUACUAUUAGAGAG